AUGCCCAAAAGCCUGCACGCCAUCUCCGGUCCUCCCUCGGCCACCAAUUCCGCCUUUUCCUCUCGCGAAUCCUCCCCCGUCCGCGCCUCCUCACGUCCGCAUCCUUCCACUACAACAUCCCGCAUCCCGUCUCUCUCCCGCCAAGGCAGUCAGGAGCGCAGCAGUCUCCAUCGUUCCGCCACCGCUCCCACCGCUUCGUCAGGUCCAGUGCCCGCCACACCCGCUGCGCCGCGAGCAUCUUCCCAGACCCCCAACAAGCCUCCUGUCCUCUCCCCGCCUACCCAUGACGAACCGUCUCCCGACCUUCCCAGCCCGGAUAAAUCCAACAUGCCGUUGUGGGGCUCUCCGCGGAAAGUGGAGAGUGAGCCGAAUAUGGCCAACACGUCGAGCAAACGAACGGCCCCCGAGGAGCCAGCCGGUCGGUCCGAUCGGAGCGGGCCUCGCCCGGUCAACCGAAGUCCCGCGGCGCCCGGCUCCGCCCUGGAAACCGUCCAGGAGAUGGCUAGCGAUCAGUCGACGCCCUCGACGGAGACGGUCUUGAACCAGCCGCUCCCCCGCGAGCCGGACCUGCACAGUAUCGAGGAGGAUGCCACCCCACCGUCCGCCGCCAAGCACCCGGUUGAGAGUGGCAGCGACAGCGGCGGCAGAGACCCCGAACAAUCGGCCGAGAAACGGCGCCGCAUCUCGUCCGCCUCGAACCGGGCCGACACCCUCCUCCCGAAACGGUCGUCCACGUCCCUCAGCGCCCCCAGUGGGCCCCGGCCCAAACCCACCGACGGCUCCGUGCGCAACAUGAUCGUCGAGACCGAGACCGUCAGCUCCAUCCCCCAGGUCUCCUUGGGCGUCGCCACGGGUGAUCGGACCAGUGCCGGCCGGGGCGAUGCCGCCGGCACCCUGCGGAUGAAACCCAGCACGGAGACCAUUCGCCCCAAGCGAGAGAAACGCCGGGCCCGCAAGCCCGCUGCACUCUCCGGCGGCGCCCCGUCCUCUAAGGCCGACUUCUUCGAGGCCAAGGUCGCCACCGCCGUCGACGAGGCGGACGUCUCCGAUUCCGACGAGACCUUCGUCUACGAGUCCAACCCCCCCGACCCCUACCCGGUCCGCCAGCACCGCUACCACUCCCGCACCCCCAGUGCCACCUCCAUGGCCAGUCAGGCAGAUCAGCUGGCCGGCCGGGUGGGGCGCCCGCUGCGAGAUGCCGGCCACAGCGUCACGGGCAAACGGAGCAUGAAGUUCACCAACAACGUGUACAGCACCACCGACGGCGAUCCUGGGGAGGAGAGCGCUCGCAGCUCCCGGAUGGACGGCAGCGGCAGCCACACGGCACGUCACCAUCAUUUCGGUCGGUACGGCCGGAACUCCCUGUAUCCGUCCCUCUUCGACGGGGACGGCGCCGCGUCCCCGCCAUGUACCAACCGCGCCAAGUCGCCGCGCCUUUUUCCCAGCAACGGGAUUCGGGCGUCCCGCCCCGUGGGAACCCGCCCGAAUCCCGGCUACCGCUCGCUGCACGCGGCCAAGCGCGCCGGGGACCGGUACGGGUACGAUUUCGACGCGGAGGGGGCCGACGACGAACGCACGCCGUUGGUGGGACGCUCCGCGCGCGGUCGCCACGGCACCCGGCGCCCCAACAGCGCCAGCCUGCGCCAGAUGGAGUACAUGCAGCAACGGCACCGCGGGUACUGCUCCCAAUCAGGGCUCUGCGUCAUGGUCGGUCUGCUGCUUGUGUUGGUGGCGAGCGGGGCGGUCACCUUCCUGAUCGCCGUCACCAAGCCCCUGGUGGAUGUGCAGGUGCUCGCGAUCCAGAACGUGCUGUCCUCGGAGCAGGAACUCAUGCUCGACCUCAGCGUGCAGGCCGUCAACCUCAACCUGUUCCCCGUGACCGUGGACGACAUGGACGUCAAUCUGUUCGCCAAGAGCCGAUUCGUCGGGUCCGACGCGCUCUGGCGGGAUAUCGGCUCGAAUGGGGAUUCCCUUCCCCGCCCCGAGCAGAGCCGGCGGCGCGUCGAGCGGGCUCGCACCGUCCGGGGUGACGCCAGUCCCAACGGCACGGCGGGCGAACCGACGGACCCCACGCUGAUGGUGCGGGCGAACGGCGGUGUGGACAAGGGCACGGAUCCGAUCGACUCGGAUCCCGCGGGCGAUCCCCAGACGAUGCUCCUGGGCCGGGUUUUCCGAUUUGACUCCCCCUUGGCCUUCGAGGCGUCGCCGUGGAAUCACCUCGCCUCUACAUCCAAGGGGCAGAUCCGUCUCCCGCGGCCGGGCAACAAGACCGAGGAAGGUGGCACAGAACGGUGGGAACGCGUCCUCCAGCAUCCGUUCGACCUGAUUGUUCGCGGGGUGAUCAAGUACCCGUUGCCCUUGAGCUCGCGGUACCACUCGGCGUCGAUCAGCUCCAGCGUACGGGUCAUCCCCGACGGGAAGGGCGGGGACGGGGAGGGGGACGAGGAUCCUGACCACGAUCCCCACUCGAAUAACACGGUAGUACUCAUGUCGACUCAUGUGUCCAGACGGUCGAACCCACCGGCACCCUCCGCGCUGGACUCCGUGCGAGACGUCCUUGGCCGAACCGCCCGGGUUUUCCUGGCUUGA